ACAAGAGGGCACUGUGGAGCAGUCGCUAAAGGGAACCUAACACAGGGGAAGGGAGAGAAAGGCAUAAGCAGGUUCUGGGGCUGAAGGGGAAGAAGGUGGUUGAAGGGCCAAAAGGGCAGGAUCCUCAAGGAUGUAAGAGGCAGUGGGUCCCACUGGUCCCACAGCUAGGUGCAGGAAUUCACCAGAAAGAGAAAGGAUGCUUCUCACACAGACCCUACAAAGAAAGAAGAAAGUGCACGUGCAAGUUCAGGCCACAAAUAUGGAAGACUAUAAUAUGGAAGACUCAAAUAUGAAGGACUUUAACUUGGAGAAUUACAGCUUGGAAGAGCUCUAUGAGAAUUACAAUUACAGCACUGGCCUGCCCUUUAUUCCAAUGGACGCUUCCCCCUGCCGGCCAGAAUCUCUGGAUAUCAACAAGUAUGCUGUGGUCAUCAUCUAUGCCUUGGUCUUCCUGCUGAGCCUGCUGGGAAACUCUCUAGUGAUGCUGGUCGUCUUAUACAGUCGGGUCAGCCGCUCUGUCACUGAUGUCUAUCUGCUGAACCUAGCCAUAGCUGACCUGCUCUUCGCCCUGACCUUGCCUAUCUGGGCUGCCUCCAAGGCAAAGGGCUGGAUCUACGGCACAAUCCUGUGCAAGGCGGUCUCGCUUCUGAAGGAAGUCAAUUUCUACAGCAGCAUCCUGCUGCUGGCCUGUAUCAGCGUGGACCGCUACCUGGCCAUUGUCCAUGCCACACGCACACUGACUCAGAAGAGGCACUGGGUCAAGUUCAUAUGCAUAGGCAUCUGGGCCCUAUCGUUGAUCCUAGCCCUGCCCAUCUUUGUCUUCCGCAAGACCGUCUACACAUCUGGUUUCAGCCCAGUCUGCUAUGAGGACAUGGGUGCCAAUACAACAAAAUGGCGUGUGGUGAUGCGAGUCCUGCCUCAGACCUUCGGCUUCCUCCUGCCGCUGCUGAUCAUGCUGUUCUGCUAUGGACUCACACUGCGCACGCUGUUUCAGGCCCACAUGGGGCAGAAGCACCGGGCCAUGCGGGUCAUCUUUGCUGUCGUGCUCGUCUUCCUGCUCUGCUGGCUGCCCUUCAACCUGGUCCUGGUGUCAGAUACCCUCAUGAGGAUAGGGGUGAUCGCGGAGAGCUGUGAGCGCCGAAACCACAUUGAUCAGGCCCUGAAUGCCACCGAGAUUCUGGGCUUCUUGCACAGCUGCCUCAAUCCCCUCAUCUAUGCCUUCAUUGGCCAGAAAUUUCGCCAUGGACUCCUCAAGAUCAUGGCCAUCCAUGGCCUAGUCAGCAAGGAGUACUUGGCCAAGGAAGGCAGGCCUUCCUUUGUCGGCUCUUCUUCAGGGAAUACUUCUACUACCCUCUAGGACCCCUGCUUCUGUUGCAGCCCCUCAGGGAUCCUCCCUUCUCAUCAGCACUCAAGCCUCGUGUCCACUGGCUGUUCAUAGUCUCUGAUCUGUGUCAAGGAGGCCCUCCAUUGAGGUUACAGGAAGUUGCUGGGCCACAUCCUUACCAGGCCCUCAUUGUAUAGUUUAGAAAGCCUGCCCUGGCACCCCGCCUCUUACUGUAAUUACUAUGUCACUGUGAAAGCUCUGUCCAUUCUUCCACUGAGCCCAUAGCAUUGUCUUCUGAGACGUUUCAAAGACAGCCUUUAAGUAACUACAAAUAGCUCCCAGCAUUGAAAGCCAUUAGUGGCAAACACCACAGUUGCUUCCCCAACUCUCCCUUUGCCUGCUAGCAAAGCCUACUUCCCUUGACACAGGCCGAAGAUGACAGAUGCUCACUUUCUAAGAUUUCCUUAAGCUAGGGUGGCCAUACCAGUUGGUUCUGACUAGUACAAUUUUUGGGCAAGAAUGUGCUGAUAAACCACUCUCCUAUAGAAAAAAGUCCUGAUUUGUAGCAUUCACCAAGUUCCAUGGUAUAAAUGCUCCCACCAUGGCAAUUUCAAGGGUGAUGGUGUUUAGCAACCAGCUUACAAAAUUCUACAAAAUGUAAUAAUCUGCUUUCACAGGCUGGUACAAACUGGCUUCAGCACACCAUUGCUUAAGAGAAGUCUGCCGGGGCCAGAGGACUCCUGGGAAUAUUCCUGAUUAAAAAAGAGAGAGACACCCACCCACAUAUCCUUGGAUCUUGCCUUUAAAUGUGGCUAUAGGAUACGAUAUGUGGUGCUGAGGCACCAAUUUUGUAACAAUGAGGGGGAAAAGCCAAAUAUGCUUAGGCUGAUGGAGUCAAAGGAUAAAAAGAACCUAAGAAUAAAGAGACAAGAAAUAAACGUAAGCAUAAGUGGUCAAAUGAUUUUUAGAAAGGUGCCAAGACUAUUCAGUGGGGAAAGGAUGGUCAUUAGAUAGCCACAUGCAGAAGAAUGACAUUGGUCCCUUACCCUACACCGUAAAUAAAAAUUAACUUAAAUGGAUCGAAGACUUGACCAUAAGAACUAAAGCUGUAUAACUCUUAGAAAAAAACAUAGGGGGAAUGCUUCACAAUGUUGGAUUUGGCAAUGAUUUUUUGGAUAUGACACCAAAA